AUGGUUUAAGAACCUCUAUGUUGACCCCAUGUUCUGGGGAGUGGGGACUGGUCAGGGAAGCAAACUCGAAAAUGUGGAACUUCUGGACCAAGGGUUGCAUUUAUUUGGUGUGUAUUUCUGCAAUAUCUCAGGCCUUAUCUCAGGAACCCGAACUCGGAUCUACCCGUGUUGUCUUUCAGACGAAUUAUGGCGAUAUAGAAUUUGGUUUCUUUCCCACAGUUGCACCCAAAACCGUUGAUCACAUUUUUAAACUUGUGCGACUUGGAUGCUAUAAUACAAAUCAUUUUUUCCGGGUAGAUAAAGGCUUUGUGGCCCAAGUAGCGGAUGUUAGGGGUGGAAGAUCCGCUCCCAUGAAUGAAGAACAAAAAAGAGAAGCUGAAAAGACUGUUGUUGGUGAAUUUAGCGAAGUCAAACAUGUUAGAGGCAUUCUUUCCAUGGGAAGGUAUAGUGAUCCAGACAGUGGUGGAUCCUCAUUUUCAAUGCUUCUAGGAGAUGCUCCUCAUCUUGACGGCCAGUAUGCAAUAUUUGGAAGAGUCACUAAAGGUGAUGAUACAUUGAGAAAGCUCGAGGAACUGCCUACUCGUAAAGAGGGGAUAUUUGUUAUGCCAACAGAGCGCAUUGCUAUUCUGUCAUCCUAUUAUUACGACACUGAGAGUGAAGAUUGCGAACGAGACAGAUCGAUUUUGAAACGCAGGCUGGCUGCUUUAGCUGUCGAAAUUGAGAGACAGAGGAUGAAAUGCUUCCCCUGAUAGGAUCUUGAUGGACAAGUAAGAGGGUUCUCAUUCUGCAGUAUAGUUGUUCACCUUUUUGUAUAAUGUUGAGAGAGCUUGCAAGUACAGGCUUUACUUCAUUCAGUCACAUUGUUCUAAAGAUAUACGUAUAUUCUAAUAAUCCCUCAAGAUUGAUGCUUUCUUUGGUCUUAUUCUUAUUUUCUUUUCUUUCUAAGAAAACAUGUUUUUCCUGGUAUUGCAUGGAAUUUAAGGAAUGAAUCAUGCCAUCUAUGGCUUGUAAAUAAUACUACUUGAUACGGAUUUUAUAUCUUAUAUUUGAAUAUCGAUAUUGAUAGUA